UGCAGUUUUAAACUUAAAUUAUAUUGUAAAAAUACUACAAGACCAUCUUUAACAGACGAUUUUUAUUGGAGUGAGACUUUAAGUCCUAUAUUAUUGAAAUAUUAACUAUCUUUUGGUGUGUUUUUGAGUCUCAACUGUGAAAAUCUUUCACUUACACAUUCAUAAAAGAAAAAAGAGGAGCAUGUGAAGAAGUAGUAUUUUUUUCCUUCUUUUUCUUUCAGCAGUGUGCUAAAAUUGGGGAAAAAAAAAAAAAAAAAAAAAAAAAGCUCCUCUCUCCCGGCGGAAGUGGUCGGUGGAAGCGCUACUGGACUCCAACUGCUAGCGGGCUAGGGCGUAGCUAGCAGCUGAAAGUAGGAUUUUUUUUGGUCCAUUCCCACAAGUUAUGCUCCGCUGCGAACAGCAUCCUUCGUCGGGAAAAGGGGACUCUUUGGGGGUUCGCCUAAAGUUUUAAGCCCCUCUGCGGCUCUUUUUCGACGUUGUUUACAGAGAAGAGCUUGUUACUUUCUGUCCCGUUAGCUCUUCUCAUAAGCUAGUCUGUUUCCAUCCACGGAAUUCUGCCGAGAAACGACGGAAAUCUGGAAACAUGGAGUCAAGCGGCGCCGCGUUGAGCUAAUCGACUUCCCUGGAUUUGUUUUAAACUUAGAAACACGGAAACAUAUCAAAAGGUCGAGGAAAUCCAGAAGGUGUUGCACAUCAUUUUAAAUAUCUAUUUUUUAAUUGUUGGGCACCUCAUUGUUAUGAACGGGAGUUUGCUUACUUUGCACUCAAACGCAGCUAAGUUUUUUUCCCUUCUUCUUGCUGAAAGCGCCCGUCUGUUUUGAUAGCCGACAAGAACCAAAGCUUACCAGCUUUGAGUAAUAUUUUUUUUUUCUUUUUGGAAGCUGGUGUGAUUUUGAUAUUCGAGCUCCUUUCUUGUUUUGGAGUCUCGCGCCUGCAGCGUUAGCCGCAGUUGUUUUGCUAAACUGCAUGACGGUCCGUUUAAACUAGUUUAUCGAACGCUUCUUUCUCAUGGUCACGGGAGAGUCGCCCCUGAAGCCGCAGACGGGCGUUUCUGUGUGCAGGUAACAACAAAUGGGGCAGCAGGAAUUUCCAGCAUCUUGAAAGAUUUUUUUGAGGCACUUGGGCCAGUCGACCGAGCAACGGUGGUCGCAGACGGACGACAUCGCGGGGCCAAGUUGUCUGCUUCUCGGGAUUGUUUACACACUUCCUACUGGCGGAAACUGGGAUGUGAAUGCACCGGAUUCAUCCGAGGAGUUCAUACAUGCACGUCAAGAUCUCCCAGCUGGAGCUGCUUAUUUAUUGUUGCUGGCGAUACACUGUCGACUGGAUAUUAUAUGAUUGCACAGCUAAUACAACCAAGGCCCCAGCCAUAGUCAGAGGUCUGCACUGUACAGUCCCUGCUGCUGUUUUCAUUCGACUGUUGACAGAUCAACACCGCCGCUGUUUUUAAUUUCCUUAAAUCUUUGGAUGUGCCUUGCAACAAGCCUACACUGUCUGUCGAAGUCCUCGCCUCCUUCACAUGAUUGCCGGAGAAGGACGCUCAAGGAACUCAUCACGCUCUGGAAAAUGUUAAUGGGAUAUAAACUACUGCAAAUCUAGAACCGGAAGCCCAAUGAGUGACACACAGUCCAACUUCACUAACAGGUUUAACGUGAAACCAGUCAGAACCAGCAGCAUUCUCAGUAAAGACCAUCCCCCAGACAAGAAGCCUAAAAGUGACAAAUCUUCACUUCCCUCAAAUGAAUUUGACCCCACAGAUGCUCUGGUGCUGCAGAAGAGUGGCAACAACAGUGUGCUUGCAGAGGGGAAGCCUGAGUCCUGUGGCUUGGUACAACGAUGCGUGAUCAUCCAGAAAGAUGAAAAUGGCUUUGGACUCACCGUCAGUGGUGACAACCCGGUGUUUGUGCAGCUUGUCAAAGAAGAUGGAGCUGCAAUGCGAGCAGGUGUUCAGACAGGCGACAGGAUCAUCAAGGUCAACGGGACCCUUGUUACACAUUCUAAUCACAUUGAAGUGGUGAAACUCAUCAAAUCUGGCUCCUAUGUGGCCCUCACCGUCUUGGGACGCCCUCCGGGGCUCCCCCAGAUCCCUUUAGCAGAAUCAGAACCUGACAUGUUGGGUGUCAGCAUAUCUUCUCCAAAUUCUCCGGCAGCUGAACGCCCAACCAGCCCUCAGGACCAACUCUCCGCCUCACAACAAACAUGGGAGGAAAAUAGCAGUUUAUGUGCCCACAGCACAGACUUCUUGCAGAAGAAGAAAGAGCACCAGGACCUUCAGGAGGAGUAUGACCGGAACCCCUCCCCCAAACUACUGAAAGACAUCCAGGAAGCUAAAAAACACAUUCCUCAGCUGCAGGGUCAGAUCUGCAAGGCCACUGGGACAACACAGAAAAUUCUCUCAGCUGGUGAUGCAAAUGAUGGGAGCGUACCAGAAACGGAGCAUGCACUUUCCACCAAAGGAGACAGCAGCAUAGAGAUGUCCUGGGCUAACAAUCCUUCAUCUCGCAUGUUUGGGUCGGGAUCUUCAGAUAAUCAGUAUCAGAAAGAGUCCUACUGUCCCAGCCCAAAGAGCACGCCCAGGAACAGCUUUAACUCCUGCCAUUCCCCAGAGGCAGAGGACACCACUGAUCUGAACUCCUUCUCUCCUACUACUGUCAGUAGUCCCUCCUCUUCUCGGCUUGCCUCCCAAAUCAUUGGAGCUGAAGAUGACUAUUUUGGUUCAGACCAUGAGCAGACGAACGGCCAGUGUAACAGCUUUAAUAGUAUUGAGCAGCUCAAGUCUCGCCCCGCCCACCUUGCAGCUUUUUUGCAUCACGUCAUCUCUCAGUUUGAUCCAGCUCCUGUGCUUUGCUACCUCUACGCUGACUUAUUUAAACAGACCAACCCCAAAGAGACCAGGCGGGUGUUCAUGGAUCUCAAUAACUUCUUUAUAGACCGGGCAGCGCAUUUAAAAGUUCUUGUUCCUGAAUCUGUUUCCUCUGAUCUCGAUCGGCGGCGGAUGGAACUAGUUCCAGAAGAAAUUAUCAGGCAACAUGUUCAAACACUGCAGGACUCUCUGCUCCCUGAAAUCCAGAAGAACCUUGAAGACUUCAGGCAGAAGCGAAGUAUGGGGCUGACGGUGGCAGAAGCUGAACUGACCCGACUGGAUCAAGAAAGAGUCCGAGACCGCGUCACUCUGGAGCGCGAGCGUUCAUACGCCGACAACAUCAUCACCAAGAUAGAGGAAAUUCUAUCAAGCACUCAGACCACAGAGGAAGAGAAAAGCACUGCAAUUCAGGAUGUUAUCUAUGCAUACAUGAAGCACCUUGGGGUGAGGGCUCGGGAACCCCGCAAUCUGGAGUCCAAAUGGGGCCGAAAGAGCUUUCUUCCUAAAAUUAAGAAAAGCAUGAAGGCAGAAAAAGAUGGAGAUGAUAAAGUGAAAAAAAGCAGGUUUCCCAUUCUCGGACCUCAGCGCCGACCCAGCCGUAUCGAAGCAGCAAGUAAAGGUCAAGACAGUCGCCCCCGACCCCAGAAACAACUGUCCCAACCUGCACUAGGAACAAGCGAGCAGACGGAAGUCGGUCGUCUCAGGGGCAGCCAAUCAAGCGAAGGCUCCGAACUCACGCACUCGUUGUCUUUAAACUCCUACUCUCCAACCAGCACCGCCUACAGCUACGACGCAAGCCGGGACGCCGAAACCGCUGGAACAACGACGCCAUGCUCUUCCAGACUCAGUGAUGGCCUUCCGUCUGACUCCUUGGAUGGUUUGUCAUAUCCUUCCUCACACUUGAACUUGUACAACCUGGACCAGCUGCAGGAGGACGACAGAGAAAGCGACAGAACUCAUGACGGGACGCCAAAGGCUAUCAGAAAACUUGAGGGACUGAGUGCAGCUGAUGUCCAGAGUGAGGACGACCAAGGUACAGACUCUGAACACGAUCCUCCAAACUGGCAGCAGCUGGUGGGGCGAGACGUCCUUGCAGGACUCAGUCCUCAUGAAAUCAAAAGACAGGAAGUUAUUCACGAGCUGUUUUACACCGAGCGCGCACACGUGCGCAUGCUGAGGGUUCUGGACAAUGUUUUCUAUCAGAAGCUUUCCAAGGAUGCAAUACUUCCCCUCGCCGACAUCAAGAGCAUCUUCACCAACCUCGGAGAGGUUCUGCAGCUGCACGCACAAAUCCUGGAGCACAUGACAACUGUUCGGAAGAGAAAUGAAUCCUCCGUCAUUGAUCAGAUAGGGGAUGAUUUGCUGUCCUGGUUCAGUGGUGCAGAGGAGGAGAAGAUCAAACAAGCAGUGGGGACGUUCUGCAGCAACCAGCCGUUUGCUCUGGAGAUUAUCAAGAACAAGCAGAAGAAAGACUCAAAGUUCACAUCCUUCAUUCAGGAGGCGGAAAGUAACCGACUGUGUCGCCGCCUGCAGCUUAAGGACAUCAUUCCUGUGGAGGUGCUCCGGCUCACCAAGUACCCCCUGCUGCUCGACAACAUUGUCAAGUACACAGACAAUGCUGUGGAGAAGGAAAAAGCCAAGCAGGCAGCAGACAGCUGCAGGAAGAUCCUCAUUCAUGUCAACCAGGCUGUGAAGGAAUCUGAGGACAAGCAGAAGUUGGAGGACUAUCAGAGAAGACUGGACCUGUCUUCUUUAAAGCAGACUGACAACCCAACCAUCCUUGAGCUAAAGAAUCUGGAUCUAACCAAGAAAACGAUGGUCCAUGAGGGUCCUCUGUUGUGGAAAGUGAAUAAGGACAAGACGAUUGAGCUCUUCACUCUCCUCCUGGAGGACAUUCUGGUUCUGCUGCAGAAACAAGACGAGCGUCUGAUCCUCAAGUGUCACAGCAAAAACCUUCCUGGAACCACAGACAACAAACAGAUCUUCAGCCCAAUCAUCAAACUCAACAGCGUGCUCGUGCGCUCUGUGGCAACCGACUUGAAGUCCUUUUUCAUUCUCUCCAUGUCGGACAGCGGCGCCCAGAUCUACGAGCUGAUGGCGCCCACAGUCACGGAUCAGAAAACGUGGCAGAGUCUGAUCUCGCAAAGAGCGGAUCCAAUGAAAGUCAAGCCUCACAGCGUCAUACCGUUACCUCAGUCUGACGGGGAGAGAGACGGCGUGGAGAUCAUCACAGCAGGAGUUUCUAGGCUGAGUAGAGAGCUGGACCGCACGUCCACCGGCAGCACUCAGUCUGCAGAUAAGGAGAGCAGUCCCGUUUCUAGAGGUGUGCUGCAGAGAUCCCUCCCUAGUGGGAAUCCGUUUGAGGAGGCGAAGGAAGACGAAGAAGACGAUGGAGAGGAAGGCUUCGUCGAUCCAGGACUUCCCUACCAAGUUGCAGAGGAACCCAGAGAAGGAGACUCGUUUGAUGUGUUUCCCUCGAGGGCGGAUGAAGCUCUGAAGACAUUGGCUGCAUUAAAGCAGGUGUUGGUGACCCAGCUGAUGUCUCAAGGAGCGGCUGAGCAGACCAAGCGCUCCACGGGAGUCCGCCUCCUCAGAACCACCUCUCUGCGGACCCCAAUAGACAGCCGCUCCAAGGUGAUGGUCCACAACGGCUCGGAGAAGAUGAGCUCACAGACGGAGGACCUGGGUCAGGACCUGGGGUCGGGAGACACCGGCUUCUUCGACUCCCCCGACGACUACGGUUGCUUAGUCCUGGGGGGCUACGGGGGUCCGGGGGAGAGCAGCACUGACGAUGACAUCUUGGCGUCCACUACAGGGAAGCAGCUGAGCACCUCGCGAGGCUGCGCCGCCGACUCUGGCAUCAACUUGAGGUUCUCCUCAGCGUCUCAGGCUGGCAGCCUCUCGACGUUCAGCAGGCAGGUGCUGUCUCACCUUCGAAGUCUUCAGACCAACCUCAACUAUUUGAAGGAGGUUGAGGUCAAGUACAAUAAUCUAGUACGCCAAAGGCCGGAGAGGUCAGCAGCAGACCUGGAUGGAAACAAAGAUAAAAGAUAGUGUGGAAGUCAGCACCAGAACUUUUGGCUCUGGUCCCAAAGAGGAAGAACCAACGCGCCGUUCGUCCUUCCAAUUCGUGUCCUGGACUUUUCUGGACAUCCUAUAAGCUUCUUCUCACUGCUGAGCUCAAUUUGUUUUCAUCGCCACAGAGAAUGAAAGACUUGAGUGUGAGCUAAAGUUCAAAGGGAGGAUCCAUCUGUGUGAUGCUGCCCCCCCCCCUCGACCCCUCCCUCUUCUUCUCAGCACAAGGCAAUCAGGAAAGUGGGAUGGCGCCAGAACCUCGACUCCUUCUGCCAACGAAAACCCAUUUUCCCUAAAACAACUUCUUGCAAGGAAGAGAACUUAUACCAAAAUGUACAAAGUUGUAUGUUUUGUUUUGAGUAUUUUAUAUAUAUACACACACACACAUACACAUACACAAAUAUAUAUAUAAAACACACAGAACAAGAAAAGGAAGAUUUUAAGAUAAUGUAUUAAGAUUUUUUUUUUUUUUUUUAUCCCAAGAUGUAUUUAUUUUCUCUCAUUUCAUUUUUUAAGUGUUUCCCUCGUUGCUUGCAUGCUUUUGGCCGUGGACUUUCAUUUUUUGGCUGCUUGUCCUGCUUCGUGGUCGGCGUGAGCGCCUCCUAGCGUAUCUCUGAUGAAUAGCAGCACUAUAUUCCGACUGAUAGAGGCCAGAGUUUCGCCGGUGAGGGGACAGAUCCCAUCGCUCUGAAGCUAUUUGGAAUACGUUGAGUCUAUAAUUUUAACUUGUUGGUGUGGUGUUAACUAGAAUGAAGAGUCGGUAGGCUCUGAUCUGGUCCUGUUGCAUUUCCGUGCCGACUCUUUCACACUCGAGGCGUGCUCUGCCUCUUUCCUGCGACGUCUUUGAGUGCUGUUCUCAAUCUUUUUUUUUUUUUUGGCCAUGAGCAUGUAUGGGUGCCGUCUUUCCCUGGUUCCAGGCUGCCCAGUAGCUGUCAUGCUCAUGUACCCCCUUCCUCUCUGUCAGACUCUCCUCAUCUGCCCUCCUGGAAGCGGUCUGCCGCAUCUUCAGACAGAAACGCCGCUUCUUUCUGCUUCUGUUGCAGCUGCCUGAUAUUCUAAUAAUGCAAUGAAGUUUAACAUAUACUGUACAAUGAUCAAGUUUAAAGUUAUGCUUAACUUUAAGAAAUAAAUGGUGCCAUGACACAUG